AUGAUACAAGUUGUCCAUGGGCCUUCACCUUUCAAAGGCCUGGCAAACAGAUUUGAAAAUGAGCUUGUUAUUGCCAUUGGGAAAGGAGAACCUGUUGUGGUAAUGUCGGAGUAUGGCUUCAAAAAAGUUCUUUCCAUAGAUGAAUACACAUCAUAUUUUGAAGACAUUGAUCCCUUGUCGCAAUUUAAAUGCUGGGCUACUAGGCAAGCUAAUGAGAAGAACACAUCCAGGGAAUCACAUUUGAGAUACAAUGUUUACUCUCAAAGAGUAAAAGGAGUAUUUGUUUUUAGUGACCCCGUUGACUGGGGAAGGGACAUCCAAUGGUCAUGA